AUGUCCUACUACGACAACCCUCAGUCUCAGUGGUCGUCUUCGACCCAGCAGCAGCAGCAGCAGCCGCCCACCCAGACCCAGAACAACUGGGAGCACCAGGGCUCGACUACUCCUGUCCGCGCAGGCGCCAGCGGUCCCCAGCCUCAGGACGAUUACGCCUUCUCUUAUCAGUUCGAUGAGGUCGAUCGGGCUUAUGAGAACUUGCAGAAGUCUGGCAAGGGUUAUGGAAUGGGCGGCCGCCGUGAGUCUUUGAUCCAGCGUUCUUUAAAUGUCGCCCGAGGCCCCGACAAUGUCGGACGUCCCGACUCCCGAGGUUCCCACCAUACCCCCGGCUCUCGCCCUCACUCGGUAAACAACUUUGAUGAUGCCCGCGGCGGCUCCCAGGGGCCCAACCUUCAAAACUUCUACGCCAACCAGCGUCACCAACCCUCACGAGGCUCCAACGAGGCAGAGCAGGUCAUGCAGGCUAAGAGACGGAUGGCAGCUCAGCGGGAGCGUGAGCUUCGAAACCUGCACACAGAGCAGCAAUAUCAGCGAACCGUCCUUUCUGAGGCGCCCCUCCCGCCCAGCAAGCAGAUGUCCGAAGAGGAGACGCGAGAGUUGAUUGCCCGCCAGCGAAGUGCCCUUUAUGGUGAGGGUCCUUUUGCUGAGAAGGCAGGAUACGUCGACGAGACUGGAAUUGUCCGCACUGGUGCUCCCAUUCCCAGCGGACCCUCAAGUGUCCGUGGCCACUCCCCCCUUGCCUAUGACAGUGCUGGUCGCGGUCCUCCUACUGGCGAUGCCGGUACUCCUAUCUCUUCUGGUGACGCCCGUGGACCCCCCACCGAACCAAACUCGCGUCCCCACAGCACUGUCAGCCCCCAGGCUGCUGGUCCUGCCAACAAAGUCUUCGACAAUGCCCAGAGCCGCACCAGCACAUCCAGCCCGACUGGUGGUUCUCCUUCUCGGGACAUGACCCCUGGCUCCAAGUCUAACCAGGCUGGUGGCUCGGUGGCUCCCAUUGGAACCCGCCCCUCUGGUACACCCACAAACACGGCUUCAUCCAAGCGAUCGACCACUCCCCUCGCCUCGCCUGGUGGCUGGGGACGCGGAAACGGUGUUUGGGGUCAGUCGUCUGGUCUCGGUGCCCCAGCUAGCGUCUGGGGUUAA